AUGGUUUCGCGGGAAGUGUUGGAUGUACCUCCCGUCCCAUCAGACCAGUUGUCGCCCCACAAGACGGUCACCGCCAUCGCCAGUGACUGCCACCGGACACCGACUGUCCACCAGCUCUUCCACCACAUUAUGCCACACACAGUGACACCAGUCUUGUUGUGGUGUUGGCUGACUGUCCUCCUCAUCGGUAGAGCACCGGUCGCUCGAUGUGAAGGCGAAGUGGCGGACGACCCGCUCAACCAAACCCAAUGCGUCGGAUGUGUUGGCCCGGAGUGUCAGGCGUUGGAGUUUGUCUGCAAAAACCAUCGCUGCGUUCCUCUGGAGUACGUCUGCGAUGGCGAAGACGACUGCGGCGACCGAUCCGAUGAAUAUGAUUGCCAUCUCUUCUGCAACUCUUCCACACAAUUCAGUUGCGAAUCCGGACGCAAGUGUUUGGACACCAGCUAUAAGUGCAACGGUGUCUGGGAUUGCAGUGACGGCGCCGAUGAGGAGAACUGCUUCCAACACACCUUCAAUCGCACCAAACCCUCGGCCAUCGGCUGCCAUCACAACGAAUUCCAGUGCCGUUCCGGCGAUUGUGUCCACAAGACGUUCGUCUGCGACGGAAAGCGCGACUGUUAUGACGGAUCAGACGAGACGACGAAGACGUGCGCCAACGCCACGGCUCACGAGUGCCGGACGGAUGAGUUCCGGUGCCGCGCGAGCGGCCAUUGUAUUCCUCUUCAGCGCAAAUGUGACACACAUUUCGACUGCGAAGACAACUCGGAUGAAGACGACUGUUGUAUACCUCCCGACAGGAACUGUGUGUCCAUUAAAGACAACCGCACCGUAUGUCUGCAUAUAUCGCGCUUUUGCGACAAUAAUAUCGAUUGCGUGAACGGGACGGAUCUGUCGGGCCUCAAGAACACCAUUGCCCUCGACUUCUACCACUCGGACAAAGAGAAUAUGAUUUUCUGGACCGACGUUAUGGACGACAAGAUCUACAGAGGAUUCCUAAUCCACGGGUCGCUCACAAACAUCGAACCCAUCGUUCAGAUAGGUUUGGCCACCGCUGAGGGACUGGCGGUCGACUGGAUUGGAGGCAACAUCUAUUGGGUUGAAAGCAAUUUGGAUCAGAUAGAGGUCGCCAAACUGAAUGGCAGCUACCGGCGCACUCUCAUUGCCGGACAAAUGGUGAGCCCCAGGGCUAUAGCGCUAGACUGUCGCCACGGAGUGCUGUUUUGGACGGACUGGGACUCAGAGUCUCCGCGAAUAGAGUCGGCGUCGAUGGCGGGAGAGGACAGGAAAGUGGUGUAUAGAGUGGAGUCGAGUGACGGCGCCUGGCCUAACGGUCUCGUACUCGACUACAUCGCCCUCAGGAUCUAUUGGAUCGACGCCCGCUCCGACUCCAUCAAUACAGUCAAAUACGACGGGUCGGGCUAUCACGAGGUCCUACGCGGACACGAACUCCUGACCCAUCCGUUCGCGAUCUCUCUGUACGAGAAUCACGUGUAUUGGACGGACUGGAGGACCAAUUCGGUGAUUCGCGCCAACAAGUGGAACGGCACUGACAUCAAAGUGGUUCAGAGGGCCGUCACUCAGCCCUUCGACAUCAAGAUAUUCCAUCCGUCGCGACAGCCCACCGACAAUAUCACCUCAUUGUGUGCCACCAAUAACGGCAACUGUUCCCAUCUGUGUCUAAUCAACACCAACAACACCUACCGAUGCAAAUGUCCGCAUAUCAUGAAACUGGACGCCGACAACAGGACGUGCGUUCCCAACGAGAAGGUACUCCUGAUAUCGCGAACCAAUGAGAUCCGUGGCGUCGACUUGGAUCAGCCCUACUAUCACACCAUUCCUCCCAUAAAUCUGCCGAAAGUGAUAUUCGCGUCGCAAAUGGACUUCAAGGCGUCGCAGAAGCAGAUCUAUUGGGCCGACAAUCAGCUGAAUGAAGUGAAGAGAGCGCUACUGACUGGAAGUCCAGUGGAGACCAUAAUUGACACCGUGAUCACCAGCCCAUACGGAUUCGCAGUCGACUGGAUCGCCGAUAAUCUGUUUGUCACGAGUCAGGACACAAACGGCGCCAAAAUAUUUGUCUGUAAUCUGAACGGAGAGUUCAUUUCGGAGAUCAUUACGGAAGGGCUCAAUAAUCCGCGAUCUCUGGUCGUCUACCCCACCAAUGGACUCAUCAUUUGGUCGGACUUUGGUGUGAAAGACAGCGAUAGCGACGAACACAAAGACAAAGACAAAGAUGCGGACAAAUACGACGACAAAUAUAAGGAUCCCGUCAUAAAACAGGCGGCAAUGGAUGGCACAGCGGUUCGCACUUUAGUCCAGAAGUCGGACGACAUGUAUAUGAAUCAGCCGUCGAGUCUGGCCUUAGACUUGGAAUCCAUUCCCAAUCGGCUCUAUUGGGUAAACAUCGUGAGCGCAACCAUUCAGUACAUAGAGUUGGGUGAAGACCUCCGCGUCCAUAUGCUGUACAACCCGGGAGAGCACACGGAGAAGGGAUUGGAACCGUUGGCGCUCUCUAUUUACGGCAAUUCUGUGCUCUUUUCCACACAAAUCGAUAACUCGAUUCAUAUAAUGGACAAAACGGACGGCAAGAAUGACACCGUUUUCCGCAAUCAAACCGAAGACGUGGUGGCCAUCAAAGUGUACGACAGGGCACUCCAGACGGGAACCAACCUGUGCGCAAACAAUGGCAACUGUUCCCACUUGUGUCUGAUGGUGGCGCAGAACCAGAGGGUCUGCAAGUGUGCCAUCAGUUUCCGAGUGGACCUCAAGAACGAGACCAACUGUUUGGGUCACAAGGAGUUCCUCAUGUAUUCGUGGAAUUGGGGCAUAAGAGCCAUCGGCACCGAACCCAACGCUACCGGCGACCCAAUGCUGCCUCCGAUCUCGAGAGUACUGAUGGCCUCAACCAUCGAUUACGUCUACGGCGAGGGUUUCAUCUAUUGGGUGGACAGCGACGACGGGUCCAUCACUCGCAUCAAAAGGGACACAACGGGUCACCAGAAUAUAGUCCACGGCAUCGAACGCAUCGAAGGGUUCGCCGUCGACUGGAUCGCCGACAAUAUCUAUUGGAUUGAUCCCGACUUUGACGUCAUCGAAGUCUCGCGACUCAACGGCAGCUAUCGGUAUGUGAUUCUGUCGGGGAAUAUGGAUAAACCGAACGCAUUGGCAGUGAAUCCGGUGCAGGGAUUCCUGUUCUGGAGCGACAACACGCUUAAGUCAAACGCACGCAUCGAAAGGGCUCUCCUCGACGGCACUGAACGCGUGAUUGUCUACAACUCGACGGCCGAGAAGAUCAUAGACCUGGCUGUGGACGCACUCGAAGACACCAUCUAUUGGAUCGACUCGUUCUACAAAAUCGAAAGAAUGAAAUCCGACGGAACCGACCGCGAAGUGAUCGUAAGCGGCGCUCAUAUAAUGAGUCCGAUUUCGUUGACGAUAUACAAGCAGUUCGUCUACUGGGCCGACACUAACCACUUGGGAGGGGCUAUACUGCGCGCCGACAAAGACAACGCCAAUCUGACGGUUACGCCACUGCAGACCCAUAUGGGAGACCACAUCAAAGACGUGAAGGUGUUCUACGAGAGGCCGACCACCGCUAACAACACGUGCGCUAAGAAUAACGGCGGCUGUCAGGAGCUGUGUCUGUUCCGGGGGCCGACACUCGGGCACCGGUGCGCCUGCGCUCACGGAAAGGUGGCCGCGAAUAACAGGACGUGCGAGCCGUACGAGGCGUUCAUUAUGUACUCCAAAGUGACUGAAAUAGACUCGAUUCACGUGAACGACGAGCAGAACCUGAACGCCCCCUACCCUACCCUCACGAACCGCGAACACAUGCGGAACGUGAUUGGCCUCACAUUCGACUACUCGUCCCAACGGGUCAUCUAUUCUGAUAUACAGAGGGGUAGUAUUAGCAGCAGUUUCUUCAACGGAACCGGACAUAGACUUCUGGUUGAGAAACAGGGAUCAGUUGAGGGCAUAGUUUACGACCAGAUGUAUGGAGAGCUGUAUUGGACGAGUAAUAGCGACGCCUCCAUCGCCAGAAUCAACUUAAGGACUGUCGGCGCGAAGAUCGAGAAGAUUAUACGUCUGGGCGUCGAAGACAAGCCCCGAGGAAUAGCUGUGGACUCGUGCGCCUCACGUGUCUAUUGGACCAAUUGGAACAACCGGAGCCCCAGUAUUCAGAGGGCGUACUUGAGUGGCUACGACCUGCACGCCAUCAUCACGACCGACAUCCGGAUGCCGAACGCCAUAACCAUUGACCACAAGCUCCAGAAGCUGUACUGGUCUGACGCACGACUCGACAAAAUCGAAAAAUGCAAUUUAGACGGAACGGAACGGUAUCUCCUGCUGACCGAAACGCCUAAACAUCCCUUCGAUUUGGCGGUUCUCGAGAACUAUCUGUUUUGGACGGAUUGGGUCGAACACGCGGUCCUCCGGUGCGACAAAUUCACGGGCUCUCAAGUGGUCAAACUCCGGCGCAAUAUUCCCCGACCGAUGGGUGUCAUAGCGGUGGCCAACGAUACAGAGGACUGCACUCUAAACCCGUGCCUCCCGUUGAACGGCGGCUGCGAAGACGUCUGUUCCGUAUCGCUCAACGGUUCCAUUGUUUGCAACUGUUUUAUCGGAAGAGUUUUGUCACCGAAUGGCAAGACUUGUGUCGUCAAGAACUCCAACUGUUCGGAGAAGGAGUUCGAGUGCGGAACCGGUGUUUGCAUUCCCUUUGAGUUGACCUGCGAUGGUGUGACCGCCUGUCCCGACGACUCGGACGAGAACCUCAACUACUGUUCCACCAGAGAGUGUCCCAAAGGGUUCUUCCGGUGCUCUAAUAACCGAUGUAUACCGGAGUCGAAGCAUUGCGACGGACAGACCGACUGCACGGACGACGAGAGGGACUGUAAGUGCGGUCCGGAUAAGUUUAAGUGCAAAGACGGCCCCUGUAUUGGCUCGCAAUUCCGGUGCGACUCCGACCCCGACUGCAGCGACGUGUCGGACGAGAUGGGGUGUCCCGAGAAGCCCGACUGUUCCAAACACCCGCUGUUCUGGGAUCCGGAGCAGAAGUUCGUGAGCUGCCCGUCCACUACGGCGUGCAUACAUCCCGACUGGAUAUGCGACGGACAGAACGACUGUUGGGAUAACUCUGACGAAGAGAACUGUAAGAGUAAACCGUUGGAGACGUCGUGUCCGUCCAAUUCGUUCAAAUGUCACACAACACAAUGUAUUCCCAUGGCGUGGGUCUGCGACCGAGACAAUGACUGCGACGACAGGAAUGGGACGGUUAGCUCGGAUGAGGAGAACUGCGCGUAUGGCUGUCAGGCCGAUCAGUUCCGCUGCAAUAACACGGAUUGCAUUCCAAGUAUUUGGCGCUGCGAUGGGCACCAGGACUGCGCCGAUGGCAGCGAUGAGACCAUCGACUGCAAGACCAGAGAGUGUCCGCACGACUGGUUUCGGUGCAAUAAUACGGGUCAAUGUAUUCCUGCCAUUUGGAUAUGCGAUGGUGAAAACGAUUGCGGCGACACUCAGGCGAGCGAUGAGCACCCGGAGCAGGGCUGCACCCAUAGUAUCUGCAAACACAAUGAGUUCCAGUGUCUGAACUACCAGUGCAUCCUUCAGAGCUUCUAUUGCGACGGCGAUGACGACUGCGGCGAUAAGUCGGACGAACCCGAGAACUGUUCGUUCCGGAAAUGUUCUGCGGAUCAGUUCGAGUGUAAGAAUCAUAAGUGUAUUCCCAAGACAUGGCUCUGCAAUGGUAUCAGCGAUUGUCACGACGGGGAGGACGAGUCAAACACACUGUGCGUUCACAACAUGACGGGCGGCUCCAAGUGUACGGACGGGAAGUUCGAGUGCGAGAACGGUGUGUGCGUUGAGGCGGACCUACUGUGCAAUGGGAGCGACGACUGCGGCGACUAUUCCGACGAAUCCAAAUGCAAUGUCAAUGAAUGCGAGUCGAAGAUCCAGUGCUCGCAGAAGUGCGAAGACAUGCCCAUCGGCUAUAAGUGCAGCUGUUUUGAUGGCUUCGAGCCCAUGGAUGGCGGCCGCAUCUGCAGGGAUGUCGACGAGUGUAAGACUCGGAGGCCGUGUAGUCAGCACUGUCGCAACACCUAUGGCUCGUACGUGUGUUCGUGCGAUAAGGACUACCAUUCCGUAGACAACGGCACGACAUGCAAAGCCGACAGCAAUAUAACAUCGACUCUGAUCUUCUCGAACCGCUAUUACAUCCGACAGAUCAGUACCAAAGGUCACGACAAUAAACUCCUGGUGCGCAACCUCACGAACGCCGUGGCCCUCGAUUUCGAUUGGUCUGAGGGCUGUAUCUACUGGUCGGAUGUGACCUCUUUGGGCAGUUCUAUAAAGCGCUUGUGCGGCACCUUUACGGGCAACGAGUCGUAUACCGGCGCCGAACAGAUACUCCAUUCGGCAACCGUUCAGAGUCCGGACGGCAUUGCAGUCGAUUGGAUCGCACGGAACCUUUACUGGUGUGACAAAGGGAAGGACAGCAUAGAAGUGUCGAAAUUAGACGGAAAAUACCGUAAAGUAUUGAUCAAAGACGGUCUCGAAGAGCCCCGCGCUAUAGUCCUCAACCCUUUCGAGGGUUACCUCUAUUGGACUGAUUGGGGAGAGACGCCAUAUAUAGGGAGGGCUGGUAUGGACGGCUCGAACUUUACAAUACUGAUCAACGAGAGCCUCGGAUGGCCUAAUGCUCUGACCAUCGAUUACAUCAAUAGAGACCUGUUUUACGCGGACGCCCGCGAAGACUAUAUCGCUGUCACAGACCUGGACGGCAGGAAUCGACACGUGAUUGUGUCGCGCAAGACAUCCAAUCUGGUCCAUCAUAUCUUCGCUCUGACUGUCUUCGAGAACACACUCUAUUGGAGUGAUUGGGAGACCAAAGGAAUAGAAUAUUGUCAUAAAUAUCACUGCAAUAACGUCUCCACUCUCACCACAACAGCCCACAGACCCAUGGAUUUACACGUAUACCACCCCUUCAGACAACAGCCGCUGCCUAAUGGAAAUCCGUGCGAUUAUAGCAACUGCAGUACCCUAUGUCUGCUGACCCCCAACGGCGGCAGUGUCUGUGAGUGUCCCGAAAACUUUGUCCUCCAGUCCGACAACAAGACGUGUCACAGCAACUGCACGACCUCUCAGUUUGUCUGCAACUCCACAUUCAAUUGCAUACCGUUUUGGUGGCAAUGCGACACUCAGGAUGACUGCGGCGACGGUUCCGACGAACCAUCGGACUGUCCGGCGUUUAACUGUAGUCCGGGUCAGUUUCAGUGCAAUAACAGUCAUUGCAUUCCUCCGAACCAGAUCUGCGAUGCCAUCACUCAAUGCGGCGACGGCUCGGAUGAACGCCAAUGCGACAUGUAUACAUGCCUUCCGAGUCAGUUCAAGUGCGCGGCUAAUGGGACGGCAGACUCUAACGGGACUGUUGGCGCCCAUUGUAUUAGUAUAACGAGUCGAUGCGAUGGACUCAUAGACUGUCCGCUCAAAGAAGAUGAAGAAAACUGUCCCGAAAAAGUGUGUCAAAACAAUCAAUUCAAGUGUUCAAACAAUCGAUGUAUACCUCAGGUGUGGACCUGUGAUGGUGACGACGAUUGCGGCGAUAAUAGCGAUGAGCCCGCGAGCUGUUCCACUCGUACCUGUGCUCACAAUUACUUCAAGUGCAACACCGGCAGAUGUAUCCCCACCAGCUGGAAAUGUGACGGAGAUUUCGAUUGUGGCGGACAUGAAGACGAACAGAUGUGCAGCAAAGACAAGCCGUCCACUUGUGGUGAUAAUUACUUCCACUGCGAUAACAAUAAGUGUAUUCCCAACCGGUGGCACUGCGACUUCGAGGAUGACUGUGGCGAUGGAUCAGAUGAGUUGAGGUGCACUCCGAGAGACUGUUCCGAAGACGAGUUUCGCUGCGCGAACGGCAGAUGUAUUCGACAACUGUGGAGAUGUAACGGUGUCUAUAAUUGCGAGGGUAUGUCCAGUAAUGCACUGUUUUAUGACACUUGUGAUGUGAAUGACGACCAAAUGUGUGUCAUUUCAGAUAAGAGCGAUGAAACCAAUUGUAACAUCACUUGCAGUGCCAAUGAAUUUCACUGCAAAGACAGCAACUUUUGUAUUCUCAAUGAAUGGAAAUGUGACGGCGAUGCUGACUGUCCCGAUUCAUCGGAUGAGAAGCAUUGUGGGCGCACCUGUAUGUCAUCGGAAUUCUUAUGCCAUAACCAGCAAUGCAUUAGCGCUCUGUGGCGUUGCGACGGAGAAGACGAUUGCGGAGACCAUUCGGAUGAAGAUCUGAUCAGUUGCUCGACAAUAGCCUGUCCUCCGGGACGGUUCAGAUGUAAGAACAACAUCUGUAUCUCCAAUGAAAGGUUAUGCGACGGAAAGGACUCGUGCGGAGACAACAGCGAUGAGGACAAGGAGUUCUGCGCCCAACACAAGCACUGUUCGGCCAAACAGUUCCAAUGCACUAACAAUCUGUGCAUCGAUUCGGUGAAUGUCUGCAACGGUAUCGAUGAGUGCGGAGACAAUAGCGAUGAGGAGAACUGUGACCGCAGUGUCUGUCGCUUCGGCACCUGUUCUCAGCUCUGUAUCACCAAGAAGUCAGGCAACCAUACCUGUGCCUGCGCUCCGGGAUACACACGAUUGCUCACCAGUAAUACGACGACAACAUGUGUAGCACUCGGAGAACCGGCUAUUUUGUUGGUCGCCAGUGAGAACGGCUUACGGAAAGUGAAUCCAUACAAGCAUUCAGUGCAGGCGUUGAUCGACAUCCUGUCCAACGUGUCGAAGGCCAGUCAUAUCGACGCAUUCGACGUGAUGUACGAGUCGGACAAAGUGACACUCUUUUGGACAUCUUUCCACAACAACAGUGUCUACAGUUUCGUCGCACCGAUGAUUGACGACAAGACCAGUAAUAAGACGUCGAGUCGUCGGAAGAGAGACAUAAUGCAGACGUCUUCACAGCCGACGAACAUUGCGUCGAAGUUUAAGUCAUUGCGCGGAAUAGCCGUCGACUGGAUCGGGAAGAACUUGUAUUGGAUCGAUGCCGGGGCCGCCACUAUCACCAUCUCCAACAUCUAUGGCACCAUUCAGCGCACGCUAAUCACCGACGACUUGGAUCAGCCGCACGACAUCAUUGUUGACCCCAAGAAUGGGUACAUAUUUUGGACGGAUUGGGGCCGAAAAGCUAAGAUCGAAAGAGCCCGAUUGGACGGAACGAUGAGACGAACUCUGGUGGAGAGGAGUCUGGUUUGGCCGACAGGACUGGCCAUCGACUACGCGGCCGACCGUAUUUACUGGACUGAUCCGAAAGCAGCCAUAAUCGAGACAAUCGAUAUCAACGGAAAGAACAGACAUAUCGUGAAGACAUUCAACUCGUCUGAGGACAAGCCCUAUAAGAUCGAGGCGUUUGAGGACAACCUGUUUGUGAGCACUUUCCACAAUAACGCCAUUUUCCGAAUCAACAAAUUCGGCGCCGGAAACAUCACUCAUUUGGUGCGCGGACUUCACAAAGCGAGUGAUGUGGUGAUCGUCCAGGAGAACAAACAGGACCACUCCAUUCAGAGCCCCUGUAGUUCGAAGCACUGCGGAGAGGGAGCCCUAUGUGUGGCCCAGACGUCAGCCAAAGCCGUGUGUCUGUGCAGUAAUGCCAUGAGUGAGACUCGUGUGGGCGAAGACGGCUCUUCAGUGGUGUGCACAGCCAUUGCAGAAGUGCGGCCUCAGAACAAGUGCGACCUCGAGUGCCUCAAUCAGGGCACCUGUAUUUACGAGACUAAUGAUAAGCCAAAGUGUGUGUGCGCUCCGGGCUUCGACGGCCCCGUAUGCGAUCGGUACAAGUGUUCAGGUUAUUGCAAGAAUAAAGGCCACUGUUAUGCCGACCUCUUGUCCAACAACAACAACCCCAAUCACCCACCGCUGCGCUGCGAAUGCCCUCCCGAUUGGGUGGGCGAACGGUGCGAAACGCCGUCCCGUAUAUGCGACAACUUUUGCCUGAACGGCGGCACAUGUAGUAUACAACACGGAGUUCCUCAAUGCAAAUGUCAGUCAGACUUUUUUGGUCAAAAGUGCCAAAACUGUCAUUCAUUGAAGUGUGAGAAUUCUGGUCACUGUUUCAAACGGGAAGACCAGUCAUUCGGGUGUCAGUGCCCGCUAGGCUUUUCCGGUGAUAAAUGCUCGGAGUCGUUGUGCGACAACCACUGCGGGAAUGGUGGCAAUUGUACAAUAUCUGGAGGAGUGCCGCAGUGCUCGUGCUAUGCGGGCUUCAGCGGCAAGCGGUGCGAUCAGGACAGCUGUCACGAGACGUGUCUCAACGGCGGGACGUGUCAGCGCAACGCCAAGAAGACUGUCUGCGUCUGUCCGGAGGGCUAUCAGGGAAAGCGCUGCGAACAGAACACUUGCGGCUGUCGCAAUGGCGGCACAUGUAUGCCCACUAAGUCAGAGCACGGCCACCACACCUGUCUGUGUCGGCCUCACUUUAUGGGCGCCUUCUGCGAGCGCUUUAUCGCCAAAUCGUGCGACGAAGUCGACUGUCGUAAUGGCGGCACAUGUAGUCUCUCGCGAGAUAAAGAGCCUUAUUGUCAGUGCAGUAGUGGAUGGACUGGACCUCUGUGUGAGAUCGAGACCAGUCCGGUGUGCAACUCAUUCUGCUUACACGGCGGCACUUGUAUUGUCUCCGAAAACAGGGAAUUGGGUCCUAAGUGCGAUUGCAUUAAGGGUUGGGUUGGCCCGCGAUGUGAGCACAGUAUUGAUUGCCAUGCAUUUUGUUUGAAUGACGGCACUUGUAUGCCAUCGGAUGAUUCCGAUAGACUGCCCGUCUGUUUCUGUCCUCUGGGUUUCGACGGCCUUCGCUGCGAGAAUCUGGUACUCAAGACUCCAGACUUUGAUUCCCGGGAAUCGUACUCUUUGGACACAACGACAAAAUGGAUAUUAAUAGCUGUGAUACCCGUUGCCAUUGUUUUAAUACUCUUUUUGGUUGUUUUCAUCGGUGUGUUCACCUUCAGAAUCCGUAAAAGUAACCGAGCGUUUCUUCACCGGCGAAUGCAAGAGAGUGGCGCCAACGUUGAGAUCAGUAAUCCUAUGUUCGGUGGCGACGACUUCGAUGAUGACUUGAGUCCCAGCCAUGCCUUGAGCCGUACGUUCGCUCUGGAGGUCAACGAUAAGAGUACAAAUUUCGCGAAUCCUUUGUAUGAAUUCCAACAAAACACUGACGAAGAGAAGCGCAAUCUUCUGAUCGCCGACAAUGAAGUCAACAGUAAUGAUGAAUCCAAAGACGUCUACAACGACAGCGAACAUCCAUUGGCUUAGGUAUCGCUUCCUCAAUGUCUGGACUCUCAGCUCAUGUAUCGAUAUUUUCGUUCAACUCAAUAGUGGUCUCAAAAAUUCUUCGCCUGUUUUUUAGUGGACGAAGAGUUUAGUCUUUAUUUGU